AUGCGUGAUGCCCUGGGCGUGAGCGAGGCGUCGCAGGCGAUGUGGUACGAAAGCUACGCCGCCUACGCGCACGGGGCGCCCACGGGGCGCCCACGAGCGGGCACGGGCGCCCACGCGGCGAACACCCCGGAGCGCAGGAGAAGCAAGGGCCCUGUCCCGUUGGCGGAGUUCCAGAAGGGCUGGCAGGCCAGGAGCCCCCACGACGCCCUGCUCGACCGCGUCGUGGGGCCCAUGGUCCACGACGCGCUGCGUGCGGGCCUCGACGUGUUCCUGGCCUCGCUCGCCGUGCUGGACGCGCUCCUCCAGGACCCUCGCACGGCCUCCCUCGACCAGGACGAGUUCGUCGCGCUCUUCCGCGGCCGUCAGAUGCUGCUCCCCGUGGAGGAGGCGCAGGCUGGAAACGCGGAUGACGACUGCCUCUUGGCCCUUCUGGACCAGGCGGAGGAGGGCGGCGGCUCCAGCAAAGCGUCCUCGCCGCAUCAGGCGGCCGCCGCGGCGAUCUGCUCCUGCAUCCGCAGCGGCAAGCUGCCCCUGUCCGAGGCCGCCUGGCCGCUGCUGGGGCGCAUCGACGAUCGGCUCCGCAGCGAGGCGGCCCAGGGCAAGAUGGACAAGAAGGAGGCCGCCCUUGGGCCCAAGUGCCUCGCCACCAACUUCCGCCUACUCGGCGGCUGGAUCCGGGAGUUCGGGCUGCAGAGCGGCGGGCUCUUCCGCAGGGCGCUCGUGUUGCCGCUCGUCUUGCGUGGCCUGGCCAGCGAGCACUCGAAAGUGCGCGCGGCCGCGGGCGAGGCCCUCGUGCCGAUGCUGGCCGCUGGCGGCGACCUGGAGGAGCGGCUGUGGGCCCUGCUGCCGUCCAAGAGGCGCAGGGCCGCGAAGGAGCUGCUGGCCUCGCAGGAGAUGCCGCCGGGGCCCUGCCACGACGACCUCGUGCCGAAGACGGUGGUCGUCUCGACCGACGCGCGCGCCGCGGGCUUCACCUGCGCCUCCGAGCUCACGGCGGAGGUCUGGGCAGGCCUCCUGGCCGGCCAGGAACCUGGCGCCGCGCCGCCGCAGCCGCAGCUGUCGCAGUACGUCCUGUGCGGCUACCAGGUCUCCCUGCUCCAGUCCUCCCUGGUCAGCUUCCUGGGGGACUCGGUGACGGCCGUCUUCAUCGCGGCCGCGGACCUCCUGCAGAAGGUGUGCGAGCGCGUGCCGGCCGACGCCGCCGCGGCCGUGUGGGAGCCGUCGAUGGGGCCGCUGAUCGCCCGCCUGCCCGACACCAGCGCGAAGGUGCGCGCCAAGGCCUCCGAGGCCAUCCUGGCGCUGGCCGGCCUGCACGCCGGCGCGGUCGGCGAGGCCGUGGCGGCCGCCGUGGCGGGCCCGGGCCCGGCGGGCGAGGCGGCCGACGCGGGCCGCUGCGCCGGGCCUCGCCUGCAGCUGCUGGCGCGGCUCCUGCGUGCAGCCUAG